AUGGAUCUAGCCCAAACUCUUCUUAAAAUGGUAAUGCGAGCCUUUUAUGACACAAGGCAGAUUAUUGCUGUGGAUGCUGUCAUCACUCAUUCAUGCUUGCGAGAUGAUGAACUUGCAUACUUGGCAUCGCUUAACACCAAGGAUCUCCACAAACUUGUUGCCAAGUUAAAGGAGGAGCGCCUCGUCCACCAGUUCAACCGACCGGAGAUGCGGGAAGGUCAGGUUCGGCCGGUUACGAGAAUAUACUAUUACAUUGACUACCGGCAGACGAUCGACGCGAUAAAAUGGAGGGUUUACAAUAUCACAAAGGAUAUCCAAGGAACCACGGUGCCCGCCAGCGAAAAGAAGGAGUAUUUUUGCAGCCGCUGCGGGUCGGAAUGGACGCAAAUGGAGGUUCUUGACAACUUUGGCCCCGAAGGCUUCAUCUGCCAUCGUUGCGGUAAUCCUCUUACUCACGAUCUUGAUCGGAACUCGGCGGGCCACGAACAGUCUACGAGGCUAAAUAAUCAGUUCAAGUUCGUCACCGACCUUCUACAACAAAUAGACCAGGUUCAUAUUCCAGAUAAUACUUUCGAAGUCGCGCUCGGCAACGCACGUCCGGUCAUAAGAGACUCCAACCACCCCGGUAUCAAAUCUAUACCGGUGGAUGCCGCUGGGAAUCGCCCCACGGCCGUCAAGGGCCUGGCAAACACGGGCCCGAAGUCGAUGGCUGUCAGCAUCUCCGCCGCCGACGGUCUCACGGAGGCAGAAAAGGCAGCGGAGAUUGAGCGACGGGAGAAGAUUGCGCAGCAAAACGCGCUGCCCGCCUGGAUGUCGAACAGUACCAUCACUGGAGAGUCUUUCUCGGGAGCGCCUACUCCAACCUUGCUGGCCAAGAGAGAGGAUGCUGAUGUCAAGACAGCUCUUCCAACGGUUCCUGCCUACGAAAGGGACCACAAGGACAUCGACGAUGUCUUUGCCAGACUCAAGGCGGAACAGGAGCAGAAAGAGCUGGAAGAGGAGGAAUACGGCUCUGAUGACGAAGAUGAAGAGGAUGAGGAUGAAGACGAAGAUUUUGAAGACGUGAUGGGUACCGGUGCUAAUUCGGCGGCCGGUACACCGUCGGUUAUCGGUAUCGGGGCUUCGCAUGUAGUUCAGGUACCAGGAGGCGGAGGCGGAGGCGGAGACUUGGAUGCAGAGAGGCCAGCAAAGAAGGUGAAAGUUGAAUCGCCCGCCCAAGCAAAUGGGGAGGAAGAGGAGAGCGAUGAGGACCUGGAAUUCGAGGAUGUCUGA